AUGUGGUUCCUCGACUCAAUCCUGUUCAACCUCGCCGGGGGCCUGGUGUCUCUCGCCAUCUUAUCUGUGGUGCAUCGACUUUGGUUCUCUCCUCUUUCGAAGCUCCCUGGGCCAGCGAUAUGUGCACUCACACGUUUACCCUUGAUGCACCACGAGUUUCGAGGGGGCAGAACGAGGUUCAUACACGCGUUGCACAUAUCCUAUGGCCCGGUGGUUCGAGUGGCUCCGGACGAGGUGUCCUUCGCCAGCGCAGACGCGGUGAAGGAAAUCUAUUCGUCAGGUGGGGGAGGAUACGACAAGUCGUCCUUUUAUUCCCUCUUUCAACAAUUCGGAACGCCAAACAUGUUCUCCACCUUGGGAAGAGGCGAGCAUUCUGAGAGGAAGCGGAAAUUCGCAGAGCGCUACAGCAAGUCGCAUGUCAUGAGUACAGACGCUGCUGCCGUCAUCCAAGAUCACGUCAACGACUUCUCCGCCAAAUUAGAAGAGCAUAUAGGCAGGAGCGUUGACAUCUAUGAUUGGCUACACUGCUUUUCACUUGACAGUGUCGCUGGGCAUCUAUUCCACCCCAGAGAUCUGCAUUCCCUCACUGACGAAACCGACCACAAGAUCAUGGUAGAACUGACCUACUCUAGUACCCUUAAAAGCUUCUACGCUCAGCACUACUUCCCCAUCAUGAGCCGGAUUUGGUCAACGCUCAUGGGCAAGUCCUUUCGCCGCACCGAUGGUCUCGCUGCACCCUACUGCCUCUCUGUCGUCCGCGAAGCCAGCGUCUCCUCCCACACUGUCCUCUCCAAACUCCGUUCUUCGACACCGCCCGACGCCGACCUGAUGUCGAUAGCAUCCGAAUGCAUGGACCACUUCGCCGCCGCAAUCGACACGACUGGGGACGCCCUCUGCUGCCUCAUGCAUCACCUUUCCCUUCCCACCCCGGCCUCGCGCGCGGUGCAGGCCCGCCUCCGCGCCGAGCUCGCGGCCCACACCGGCGCGGCCCCCGACACGCUGCCGUAUCUCGACGCCGUCGUCCGCGAAGGCCUGCGGGUGUUCGCCCCGAUCCCGAUGAGCCUUCCCCGCGUCGUGCCCGCCGGCGGCCGCGUGGUCGCUGGAGCGUGGCUUCCCGCGGGGACGGUGGUCAGCUGUCAGCCGCACACGCUCCACAGGUUCGAUGAGGGGGUGUUUCCGGACCCAGAGGUGUUCAGAGCGGAGCGGUGGCUGGAGGAGGAGGGUCGUGCGGAGAGGGAGCAGCUGUUCUUUGCGUUUGGGGCUGGAGGGAGGGGGUGUAUCGGGAAGCACUUGGCGCUGCUGGAGAUGAAGAUGCUGCUGGCGGAAGUCUAUUCUCGGUUCAUCACGAAGGUCGCCCCUGACAUGACGGCCUCAAUGGAUCAGGACGACCAGAUUAUCGCGUCCCGUCCUAGGGACCAGAAGUGUCUAGUCGUCUUCGAGAGGGUCAAAUAA